AUGUCUAGCAGUGAAAGUUCGGAUACGGAAAUGAUCGAUCGUAAAAGAAAAAAAAGAUGUCCUGAAACAUGGAAGAGAAAUGAAAGGAAGAAAGCUCGUCUUCUUGGAAGCCAAUACACAACUAAAACUGGGAAAAUAGUCAACAAAAGGGAGGUUAAAGCAGAUUGCACAUGUAAAAAGAAAUGCAUGACUAAAUUUAGGACGGAAGAAAAAGAAGCUGUUUUGAGAGCAUUAUACGAGAAAGGUUCAAAAAACGAACAAGAUGUCUAUUUACAAGGGUUAAUGGAAUGUAAACCAGUCGUUAGGAAGCGACCAAAUAAAGAGGCCAGAGAAAAACUCAGGACAGCGAAGAAUUUUGCAUUAAAAUUCGGGAGGCCUCAAGUAGAUGUAUGUGGACAAUGCGAGGAAUUAACAACAAAACUUAAGGAUUCAAAGUUAAACGACAACGCUAAGAGAGUUGCUGCUGCCGAAUUAAUGGUUCAUAAGCGUCGAGCUAAAAAAUUUUACUCAAAGCUAAAGGAAGUCACUGAUCUGUGCCAUGAACGAGAAGAUGUUGGUGGAAUAGUUUUUGACUAUAUUCAAAAUAUGCCGCUGCCUGUUAUACCUGUCCAGGAAAUGUUUUAUUACAGGCAACUACGGCUAUAUGGGUUUGAAAUACACGAUUUAAGAAAUGAUACUGGACAUUUUUAUACAUACCAUGAGGGACAAGCCGCGAAGGGACCCAAUGAGGCGAACAUUAUCACGUUCAAGAUCUUUGAUGGCUCUGUCUAA